CUUUGGACAACCUUUAUAAAAAAAAAAGGAAAACACUUGCAUGCCAACUUCGAAACGAUACAGUUGGAAGGCCGCCACUGGCCCCGUUAUCCUCUAUGUCUCCUCAGUGGUCCUUAAGGAAUUCAUCUCCAAUAUAGCCCGACCCAAACCGUUAUUCUCUGUUCCAAAAUCUUUCCUCUUUACUGUUCAGUAUUUUCUUUUACUACACACAAUCCCAGAGAAUCCCGCUCAGCGGCAGCCAAACCCUAGAAUCUCCCUCUUCCCUCCCCCGUAACGACUCGCCUAUGUAAGCCUAUCCAAUUUUCAAUCUUCGUUACCCAAUUCCGCUAUUUCCAAUCAUUCCGCUCCCAACAGUUCCAUUUAAUUUCGCUAUAAACCAAUGCAUGCAAUUGCAAAAUUUCCCCCUUUUUUUAAACAGAAUUUGAAAUUGAAUGAUUAAGUGGAUUUUCGCUUUGCAUUUUGUUAAUUUUUUUCUCUAGUUUGUUGGUUUCGAUGUGGGAUGAGUUAAUUGAUUAAGAGAGCUGUAAGGGGAAAGAAAAAAAAGGGACGGAAAAAAAAUGAGUAGGCUAUCAUUUAGGCCACGCCCAUUAGACAUUCACAAGAAGCUGCCAAUUGUUAAGUCAGUUAAAGACUUCGAAGACGAUGAGACUCCUACUUCCGCCACUCGUAUUUCUCAAAUGCUGCGUCUUGCUGCUGCCGAGGUCGAUACCGAGGUACAAUCAAUCCCUACCAAGAAACUCGCUCCUGAAAUACCUAUACCUCAGUUUGUUGUUGUGGAUACAUAUGAAAGAGAUUAUUCUUGCACAUUCUUUCAACCCACAUCCUAUUUACGAGCGAGGGGAGCCCGGGCUGAGAUUGGGGAGUUUGUUGAGUACGAUCUAGAUAAUGAGGAUGAAAAUUGGCUUCAAGAGUACAACAAGGAUAAGAAGAUUCUUGCACCUGAAAGGUUGGAGAGUCUUCUUUUUAAGUUGGAGGUGUUGGAUCAUAAAGCUCGGGAAAGAGCAGGAGUUAUAACACCUCCUGUUUCACCAAUUCCUGUGCUUUUGACAAUGGAUGCUGCUAUUGAGGCCUUGCAAUCUCAAUCCAUCAAAUAUGGAGUCUUUCAAUCAAUUUAUGACUAUUGGAAAGAAAAGCGUGAACAGUGGCAGAAGCCUAUUUUACGGUGUUUGCAGCCUCCUCCACCAGUUAAUGAUAACAACCCCUACAAUGUCUUUAGGCCAAGGGAGAAAGCUCACAGACUUCACACAAGAAGGAUGCAAAGGAGAGAAAACAAUGUGCAGUCAUUUGAAAAGCUUCGCCAGGUCAGACGCAACCUAGACCAAGCCAAGACCUUACUGGAGGCUUUAAUCAAGAGAGAAGAGAAGAAGAGAGAUGUUCUGGAGUGUGAAGUUAGCCUUCAGAGGAUCCAAAUGAAGUACAAGCAUGAAAUGGUGCUUCUUGAAGAUAUUAUGCUUCCUGGAUUUCUACCCAUAUCUAGCAAGUUUGGUUCAAGUGAUGAUGAGUUUAUGGACUCAGAUGACCUGGCAAACAGCCGUUCACGUACACAACCUGCUGCAGUUCAGAAUCCACCUCUAACAGAUUCUAAUGUGGCCAUGGCUUCCGCUGGAAGCGUUAAGAAAGAGUUUCGGCAGCAACAUUUGCUCCAUGGAUGGCACCAUAAACUGGAUCCUCUUGAGCCAGUUUUGCUGUUCACAAAACCGCUAGUUCCAGAUAAGCUGGCAGCUGCAAGCAUUGUACCCCCAUCUGAUUCUUCAACAAAAAAUAGUGCAUCUGCACCGCUCUAUAAAUUUCAUGGAAGAAUGGGCCGUGGGGGCCGAAUAGUAUUUGAUAGAUGGAAUCCUCUCAUGCAUACUCCAAUUGAUUGUGGCAACUCUUUCUACAUACGCCCGAAGCCCCGGCCUUCAACAUGUAACUAAUUUGAUUACUUUUGCCUGUUUCUUCCACCGCUCAGACUGGGGAUUCCACUGCAAAGAAAUUCAAUUGAUAUUUGUUGUAAUGAUAUACGGUGGGACUGAGCAAGAUCGGUAGUGAAUGUAUUUAGAGCCCUGCCUUUGGUUGUUUUCCACCGGCGCAGUGGCUAUGCAUCUGUGUGUGUUUUUUUUUUGCCUUAAGCUCGCAUUGCUUAUACGCACCUAUCUCUAUUUAUUUUUGGGUUAACAUGUAAAAUGAUUUUUGUAGCAUAUAUAUUAUGUCAGUAUGAUAUCUAAAAAAAUAAAAUUCAUAUUUAAGUAUUCUAAUUUUUAUUUUGUUAAGCAUUUUAGUAUUUCACAUUAUUACUGCCAAUUGAGUAGUUGAUGUAAGAUAAUGCUCACUAAAUCAUGUUAUGUGAGCAAAAAUUUUUAAAAAUUAAAAUUAAAAAAAGAAGAUGACUUUUUUAAAAAAUAAAAAAAA